GGCCUUCCGCCGCCAUUCGGGAUUCAGGCCCAGGAAACGUACGUCACGGGGGAACUGGGCCAUUCGGCCUUAGUGUUGACGCGUCGCUUAGCAACCGGGAGGCUUACCUUUGGAAGCUUGUUGCAGUUUUUGCCGCGGUCCUUCGCUCUUCCCGCCCCUCCCCUCCCCUCAACUCCCUUCACCUAGGAGCUGCCAAACAUCUGGAUCAACCUGGGCGCUACGAGGGGUUGAAUUUCUACCAGUAUCGCGCCUUUUUACAUUUUUUUUUCCCGAACUCCUUCUCACAUCCGUAAAACCCACUGCUUCUUUUACUACACGUUUUAUGAGAACAAGACAUUUUCUAGGAAGAUGGUGGCAGAAAAAGAGACCCUGAGCUUAAACAAAUGCCCAGACAAGAUGCCGAAGAGGACCAAGCUGCUGGCACAACAGCCGCUCCCGGUGCACCAGCCUCACUCCCUGGUUUCUGAGGGCUUCACAGUCAAAGCCAUGAUGAAAAACUCAGUCGUGAGAGGCCCGCCAGUUGCAGGAGCAUUUAAAGAAAGACCAACGAAGCCCACAGCAUUUCGAAAAUUUUAUGAACGAGGAGAUUUCCCAAUUGCCCUUGAGCAUGAUUCCAAAGGAAACAAAAUCGCAUGGAAGGUGGAAAUUGAGAAGCUGGAUUACCAUCAUUAUUUGCCUCUGUUUUUUGAGGGGCUCUGUGAAAUGACAUUUCCCUACGAGUUUUUUGCCCGGCAAGGAAUCCACGACAUGCUGGAACACGGGGGGAACAAGAUUCUUCCUGUCAUUCCACAGCUCAUUAUCCCGAUAAAAAAUGCCUUGAAUCUUCGAAAUCGACAGGUCAUUUGCGUCACCCUCAAAGUCCUCCAACAUCUGGCUGUGUCAGCUGAGAUGGUGGGUGAAGCUUUGGUGCCCUAUUACCGUCAAAUCCUCCCCAUCCUGAACAUCUUUAAGAAUAUGAAUGUUAACUCGGGAGACGGCAUCGACUACAGCCAGCAGAAGAGGGAGAACAUCGGUGACCUGAUCCAGGAGACGCUGGAGGUCCUGGAGCGCUACGGAGGAGAAGACGCCUUCAUCAACAUCAAGUACAUGGUCCCCACCUACGAGUCGUGCUUGCUGAACUAGAGGCAGGAACAGCUGGGAUGGGGGAGGGCUUGCCUUAGUGCCCAGAUCAUCUGUCUCUGCUGCUUUUAGCAUCUCAUUACUUGUGACUUCUACAGCUUUCUUUUCUACAGCUGCUAAAAUAGUGGCUCAUGGGUCGUUGGACCAUUAGCCCCAUUGAGAGCAAAGUUUUCCAAUACAUAAAUAGUGCCUGUUUCUUAGAUUA